GUCCCCGCCCCCGUGACGCGGUGCCUGGCGCGGCCCCGCCCGCUGACGCCGCGCAGCCCCGCAGCCAUGGGGCCGCUCCGCCGCCUCCUGCUGCUGCUGCUGCUGCUGCUGCUGCCCGGGCACGGGGACACCAGCUCAGUAACUGUGCCAGAAACCCUAUUGUUUGUUUCAACACUUGAUGGAAGUUUGCAUGCUGUCAGCAAGAGGACAGGAGCAAUCAAGUGGACUUUAAAAGAAGACCCUGUUCUCCAAGUGCCAAUACAUGUGGAAGAGCCAGCAUUCCUUCCAGACCCAAAUGAUGGCAGUUUGUAUACACUUGGCGGCAAGAAUAGUGAAGGCUUGACCAAACUUCCAUUUACUAUCCCAGAGCUGGUGCAGGCAUCUCCCUGUCGCAGUUCAGAUGGAAUCCUGUACAUGGGUAAAAAGCAGGAUAUUUGGUACGUGAUUGACCUCAUGACUGGGGAGAAACAGCAGACCUUGACUUCCUCGUUUGCAGAAAGUCUUUGCCCAUCAGCAUCCCUCCUGUAUCUUGGGAGAACAGAAUACACGAUCACAAUGUAUGACACCAAGAAGAAGGAGCUGCGAUGGAAUGCCACCUAUUUUGAUUAUGCAGCUACUUUGCCCGAUGAAGACAUAAAAUACAAGAUGUCCCACUUUGUGUCUAACGGAGAUGGGCUGGUGGUCACCGUAGAUAGCGAGUCGGGGGAUGUGCUGUGGAUUCAGAAUUAUGCUUCUCCUGUGGUAGCUUUUUACAUCUGGCAACGUGAAGGAUUACGGAAAGUGAUGCACACGAACGUGGGGAUAGAAACUCUGCGAUACUUGACGUUCAUGUCUGGGGAGGUUGGACACAUUACCAAGUGGAAAUACCCUUUCCCAAAGGAAACAGAGACCAAGAGCAAAUUGACACCAACUCUAUAUGUAGGGAGAUACUCCACAAGUCUGUAUGCAUCGCCAUCCAUGGUGCAUGAAGGAGUAACUGUUGUGCCCCGCGGCAGUGCCUUCCCCUUACUGGAGGGACCACAAACAGAAGGAGUCACGAUUGAAGACAAUGGCGAGUGUGUUAUCACCCCCAGCACAGAUGUGAAGUUUUCAGGCAGACUGAAAGCCAAGACCAAACUCAGCUACUGGAACGACUGGCUCCUCAUAGGGCACCAUGAAACUCCUUUAUCUGCCCCUACAAAGAUCCUGGAGAAAUUCCCAAGUAACUUACCCAAGAGGCCUGAAAAUGUGAUUCCAGCUGACUCUGAUAAAGCCACUAUUGAAGAGGUUAUUGACAUAGUUGAGGGUUCCUCAACAGAAGAUCCUCCUGCUGUCCCAAAGGAUAUUGAGGAGAAACCAGCUCGGCCUGUCCCUCGGCCAGAGGCUCCCGUGGACUCUAUGCUGAAGGACAUGGCCACGAUCAUCCUCAGCACUUUCCUGCUCGUGGGCUGGGUCGCUUUUAUCAUCGCUUACCCAAUGAACUGGGGUCCUUUCUCACAGAGCGUACAUCAGCAGCAACAGAGGCAGCAUCAGCUGGAAGAGAAGAUCCAGCUCUUGCAGCAGCAGAAGCUGCCAUUCCAUGCUCCCAGCGAGCUGCCCACAGAAGGAGAUUUCUUGGAAACCUCCUGUGGACGGACAGAGAGCUCAGCUACGAGCACACCCAAUAUGUCCCCCAGAGCAUCAAACCAUUCUGCAUAUUCCAGCAUCUCCACAUCUGACGUUGGGAGCUGCCUCUCCACUGAGCAAGAGGAGGGAGAUGAAGAUGCGAGCAGAGUGAUCGUUGGCAAGAUUUCGUUCAACCCAAAAGAUGUACUGGGACACGGAGCUGAAGGAACAAUUGUUUACAGGGGGACAUUUGAUAACCGUGAUGUUGCAGUGAAAAGAAUCCUUCCUGAGUGCUUCAGCUUUGCAGAUCGUGAAGUGCAGUUGCUGCGAGAGUCAGAUGAACAUCCUAACGUGAUCCGCUAUUUCUGCACAGAGAAGGACCGGCAGUUUCAGUACAUCGCCAUCGAGCUGUGUGCUGCCACUUUACAGGAGUACGUUGAGCAGAAGGCCUUCAGUCACCAUGGCUUACAACCCAUCACCCUCCUGCAACAGACGACAUCUGGUCUUGCUUAUCUGCACUCUCUUAGUAUUGUCCACAGGGACCUGAAGCCCCAUAACAUACUCAUCUCGAUGCCCAAUGCCCAUGGGAAAGUCAAAGCUAUGAUUUCGGACUUUGGCCUGUGCAAGAAGCUGGCAGUGGGCAGGCACAGCUUUAGCCGUCGGUCAGGUGUGCCCGGCACCGAAGGGUGGAUUGCACCGGAGAUGCUGAGUGAAGAUUGCAAAGAGAACCCUACGUACACUGUCGACAUCUUUUCGGCCGGCUGUGUUUUUUAUUAUGUGGUGUCCGAAGGCAGCCACCCCUUUGGCAAAUCCCUGCAGCGGCAAGCCAACAUCCUGCUGGGUGCAUACAGCCUGGAGUCUUUGAGUGCAGGGAGACAUGAAGACAUAGUUGCUCGUGAUUUAAUAGAGCAAAUGAUAAGCAUGGACCCUCAGAAGCGUCCGUCUGCCAGCUGUGUGCUAAAACACCCAUUCUUUUGGAGUUUAGAAAAACAGCUCCAGUUUUUUCAGGAUGUUAGUGACCGGAUAGAGAAAGAGUCUUUAGAUGGUCCAAUAGUCAAGCAAUUAGAAAGAGGUGGAAGAGAGGUGGUGAAACUGGACUGGAGGGAGCACAUCACUGUUCCUCUUCAGACAGAUCUCAGAAAAUUCAGAUCGUAUAAAGGAGGCUCAGUACGGGAUCUUCUGAGGGCAAUGAGGAAUAAGAAGCACCAUUACAGAGAGCUGCCGCCCGAAGUGCAGGAGACCCUCGGCUCCAUCCCAGAUGAUUUUGUGUGUUACUUUACAGCUCGUUUCCCCCGCCUGCUCCUCCACACGUACACUGCUAUGCAUAUCUGCUGCCACGAGAGACUGUUCCAGCAGUACUACCAUCAGGACUCUGCGGAGCUGAGCCUUGCCGGAGAGGCUGUUUGAGAGGAGAGGGAUGGAGCUUUCCUCUCUGGGACAAACAUUCCAAGCACAGGGCUGUGAAACAGGCCUACUUUUAGCAGGGAAAAGUGGGAGCGAAGAGCUGAGUUCUCCCUCUUUGAAGAAACCAUGCUUCCAAAAGUGCCUUGUUACCUUUGCCUGCCCUGGAUUGGGAGACGGUAGGAGCCCGACGAGUGAGCGGUGAUGUCAAAAAAAGCAGGGAACCUGGUGAUGGAGUUAUUCCAAGGCAGUUUUCAGGAUGAUGAAAAAGGAGACUGGGUGUAGCCGUCACCCACUAUCCCUGUACUGUAUGUGAUUUUAUAACCGAUGCGUUUUUACUACAAAGAAUUGAAAUCCAGUGAUUGAAAUAAUAGCAUUACUAAGCCCUGGGAUCUGCAACAGGAGCCUUUUAGCUGUAGGAAAUCAUCUGGAACUGCCCUUGCGCUGCUGCCACGUCCUGCACUGGGCACGGCCCAGUGAUUGGAAAGGGAAUCAUUUAUCAUCAUCCAAAAAACCGUAGCCAGAGUGCAAUUUCUGUUUAAUCAGCACAUCCCUGGAACAUUAAUCCCUCUACCUGGGCAGAUACAAUGAAGUUCUAAAAAAUACUGACUUGGGGGAAAAAAAAAAACCCAGUUAAAUGUUUACCUACUUUGAAAUUAAGCUUUAUUGUUUAAAUAUUGACCAGUAUUCACAGAGGAGCCCGAACAGCCCUCGGCUGAAAUCGCAGUAUCAGAGCUACAGAGGUACCCAGAAAAAUACAGAGGUGGGAGCAGCUCGCCCGAGGCCGAGCAUCGAUCUCCUGCAGGAGUUCCCUACUCGCUAGUAAAGGGUCACCAGCUGCAGAGCCAGAGGUGAGAGGAGUCCUGGGGCAAAGGAGCUAAAUAGGAAGCAAUGAGAGCUGUACAGAGCAGUGAGGUUGUAGGCAGUGUUUGUAAUGGGCGCAAUAAAGGUGUAAAGGGGUCCUGUUUUGUGUCCCUGGGGGUUCCGAUCACAUCCGCGCCAACCUCUUGCUGAAGAUGCAGUAUUUCUUUUCACCGGCCCCAGUGCUGCAGGAAGCAUUGAGGGGUGCAAAGGAUGAAGACAUGCUGAAAGCUAAUAUAAGAGGGGGGGUUCUUUCACAAUGUAUUUAUUUAACAUAUUUAUAUUUAUUUAAUUUUUACUACAAAGUGGUAUCAAAUUGAAGAGGUACAAGUAUAAAGCACGACAAAUCAUUCUUAAUUGGUUUUGUGUUUAUAUUUAAUCACGUUAUAACACCUGGAAGAGGAAAGCAAUACUGCAUCUUUCACUGGAAUUCAGUAAAGGAGAGAUUACAAAGUGGGAAUUUGUAUGACUCUGUCACUGUGUCUUAAACAAAUGACUGACUGACAGGGCCCUGUACUGGGCACGUGCAGCUGCUUUGCAGCAGCUACUGUACAGGCAGUUGUUUUUCCAAGCUCGAUGCUGUAUGAGAGCAAUUUACCGAAGCUGCCAACCGUGCAAAUUAUGCAUUUCUAAAGCUUGAAAAAAAAAAUA